AGGCGGGCCCCCGAAACCGGAAGUGGCGCCUGGAGAGCUUGAGAAAGAAGCAUCCCUUGUUCAGGUCAGCGCUGGGGAGGGAGGCGGGUGGCCCUUGAGCGCGUGCAGAGUGCCCCGGCGCCCCGCUUUGUCCUCGCAACAGCCUUACGAGGAGACAGAGGUCCGAGAGGAAGCUUGACCGUCAGCUCAGACCAUUCUCCUUCAGGAUGUCGUCCGAUGUGGCCGAGCCCCUGGAGGAGAUGGAGAACCUCACCUACGAAGAGGCCCAGGAGGAGGAGGAGGAGGAGGAAGAUAAUGUCAGCCCCACCGACCUGUCUGAGCUGCUCAAGGAAGGGACCAAGGAGGCACAUGACCGGGCCGAAAACACCCAGUUUGUCAAGGAGUUCCUGAAAGGGAGGAUCAAGCGGGAGCUCUUCAAGCUGGGGACGGUGGCGCUGUACUUCACCUACUCGGCGUUGGAGGAGGAGAUGGAGCGCAACAAGGAUCACCCGGCCUUCGCCCCGCUCUACUUCCCUGCAGAGCUGCACCGGGCACCGGCGCUAGAGCAGGACCUGGCCUUCUUCUAUGGCGAGGACUGGCGGGGGUCGGUGCGCUGCUCAGAGGCCACCCGCCGCUACGUGGAGCGUAUCCGCCAUGUGGGGCGGCACCGGCCGGAGCUGCUGGCGGCCCACGCAUACACCCGCUACAUGGGGGACCUCUCAGGGGGCCAGGUGCUGCGCAAGGUGGCUCAGCGGGCCCUCGGGCUUCCAGCCUCUGGGGAAGGGCUCCGCUUCUAUGCCUUCGAUAAUGUCUCCAGUGCCCAGGGCUUCAAGCAGCUCUACCGCGCACGGCUCAACGCCCUGGACCUGGACCCAGAGACCAAGGAGGAGGUGGUCAAGGAAGCUAACCGGGCCUUCGAGUUCAACAUGCAGGUCUUUGAAGAACUGGACAAGAUUGGGGCUCUGUUGACAGAGGAAACCCAAGAUGGUGGCUUCCCGGUGCAUGAUGGGAAAGGGGACGUGCGCAAGUGCCCCUUUUACGCGGCCAAGCCGGGUGAUGCAGGGUCCCCCUGCGGCUGCCCCAUGGCUCUGCUGCAACAGCCCUCAGCCCAGGUGGUAAUGGCGAUUUGCGUGGCCCUCCUGGCCGUGGGGCUGGCCGCCUGGUACCUGAUGUGAGAACUUGGAACCGGAACGGAGAUUUAACUUCAAAAUUUAACUACGGAACCAUUAAACCCGAAUGCACCCGAGAACCUGUCUGCGUAUUAGGCGUUCCAAAACAAAAACCAGGAACAGAGUUUGGGAGCGUGUAUGUAAGCGGGUGAAGGGUGUGCCCGCUUGUCCCAAAGCCCCUCCCCUUUGCCCCUUUUGCUAUGCUUUUUGGGGGGUGGGGGUCUCCUUGGGAGCAAGAGCUUUGCACUCUUCCAAAUGCACACUCAACAAGGGCAUCGGCCUCCAUGCCUGGUAAUCCUAAAACCUCUAAUAAUGAAAACAAAAUGGGAACUGACUUGUACAUAAGGGAGUGGGGAGGGGAGAUGCUAACGGUUUAGUUUUCCAUGUAAUGUCUCUGAUGUAAUAAAGAGAAAUUUAUACUUUGGUGUCUCAAA